UGCUUCAGUAAGGAGAGGGAGGGGCAGGCGGUGCUCGCGAUAUUUCCCGGAUAUAAAGCCCUUAGAAGGCUGAAGCGUUUCUUCUUCUCCUGCACUGACUGAGCUGCCUGAAGCACCCAAAAACUUUAAACCAUGUCUGCUGGCAAUGCUAAAAUUGGGAAACUUGCACCAGACUUCACUGCGAAAGCUGUGAUGCCCGAUGGACAAUUUAAGGACAUUAAACUCUCGGAUUACAGAGGAAAGUAUGUUGUGUUUUUCUUCUAUCCACUGGAUUUCACAUUCGUGUGUCCUACGGAAAUCAUAGCUUUCAGUGACAGAGCUGAGGAAUUCAAGAAAAUAAACUGCGAAGUUAUUGCUGCAUCAGUGGAUUCACAUUUCUGCCACUUGGCUUGGACUAACACUUCACGUAAGGAUGGUGGUUUGGGACCCAUGAAGAUACCUUUAGUGGCAGACACCCUGCGUACUAUCUCACAAGACUAUGGUGUUCUUAAGGAGGAUGAAGGAAUCUCAUUCAGAGGACUCUUUAUUGUGGAUGACAAGGGAAUUCUGCGCCAAAUAACCAUUAAUGACCUACCUGUUGGACGAUCUGUAGAUGAGACCCUUCGACUUGUACAGGCUUUCCAGCAUACAGACAAAUAUGGAGAGGUGUGCCCUGCAGGAUGGAAGCCAGGAAGUGACACCAUUAAGCCUGAUGUACAGAGAAGUAAAGAGUACUUCUCCAAACAAAAAUAAAAGCUGUGCAUUCCAUCCAUCAUAACAUUUCUCACCCUUGUCUCCUGCAUUUAAGAAAAUGAGAUUCUUCCUUAGUAGGGAGCGUGUGAACAUGCAUUUUGUUUUUUUUUAAUGCCAACUGACAUGGACUAUGUGGUUUUUGGCUACUUACUUUAGUUUACUAGAACCCUGGUAGACCACAAGACAUUUAACAUUCGGCAAGCUGUCCUAUUUUGUGAUAACUAUUAAAACUAUUUGUAAAAGGUAAA